AUGCGCCUCUCAUAUGUUUCUAACCUCCCCGCAACAUCGAACGAAGAGGAUGAAGCCAUCCUCCAGCGCGUACAAGCCAGGCGGGGACAACGGGGCCUCCUCCCCCUUGACCUAGCACUUCUUCAUUCAUUCCCCAUUGCCGAUGGCUGGAAUUCAUUUCUGGGUGCUAUCCGCACCAAAACCUCUCUUUCCGCAGACAUUCGCGAGAUCGUAAUAUGUCGCGUUGCCGCUAUGAACGAAGCUUGGUUUGAGUGGAAGAGUCAUGCUCCCAUAUUAACACAGGCCGGCUUCUCUGAGGAUGGGCUAAAACUUGUGGAGCGCGGAGCGGAAAACCCAGCGACUGACACCGAAUUGGCGGCGCUGAUGUCCCCGAAACAAAUUGCUGUUUACAAGUACACGGAGGAAAUGACAAAGACCGUUAGGGUAUCUGACAAGGUGUUUGAGGAGUUGAGGAGGCAUUUCAGUGAGAAGGAGGUUUUUGGUUGCGUUAGAUGUUGGGGAGAUGAAUCGAUGAACAGGUCCGGAUUAGAUGAGCUGUCAAUGGUAAAGAAUGGAUACUUGCAUACGCUAGGUUUCCUCUUGAUUGAAAAUAUAAUUUACAUCGGGCAUUUUGCCAUCUGA